AUGAGGACUAUCGGUAUCAAGAAGGAUAUAAUUUCGUGGAACACAUUGAUUUCUGGAUACAUGAACAAUUCCUUGCUUGAUGAAGCUUUGAACUUAUUUAAGCAUGUUUUGACAGAGGACGGGAUCGAACCUGAUUCUUUCACUCUAGGGAGUGUUCUAUACGCUUGCACGAACAUGGCUUCUUUGAGUCUUGGGAAAGAGAUACACACUCAAGCCAUUGUUAGAGGCCUGCAAUCUAAUACCUUUGUUGGGGGAGCCUUGGUAGAAAUGUACUGUAAAUGCCAAGAGCUAAAGGCUGCUCAAAUUGCUUUUAAUGAAGUAAACGAACGUGAUACGGCAACAUGGAAUGCUUUGAUAUCUGGCUAUGCCCGCUGCAAUCAGAUUGAAGGCAUUAAGCAUCUGCUUAGAAAAAUGAGAGAAGAUGGUUUCGAGCCAAAUGUUUAUACGUGGAAUGGUAUUAUUGCAGGUCAUGUGGAGAACGACCUACAUGAUAAAGCCAUGCAGUUGUUUUCUGAAAUGCAAACUUCAAAUAUGAGGCCUGACGUUUAUACUAUUGGAAUAAUUCUACCUGCUUGUUCAAGGUCAGCUACCAUUGAGAGGGUAAAACAGGUUCAUGCGCAUGCAAUUAGAUGUGGCUAUGAUGCCGAUGUCUACGUAGGGGCAGCUCUUGUGGAUAUGUAUGCCAAAUGUGGGAGUAUACAGCAUGCACUACUAGCAUAUAAUAGAAUUUUAGAGCCAAAUUUGGUGUCCCACAAUGCAAUGCUUACAGCAUAUGCCACGCAUGGACAAGGGGAGGAUGGGAUUGCUCUCUUUAGAAGAAUAAUAACAAAUGGCUCCAGGCCUGAUCAUGUCACUUUUCUUUCUGCUCUUACUUAA